UCUGUCUCCCUUUUCCACCUGUGGGCGAAAGUUGUGAAUCUGGAGAAGCUUCGAGUCUUUUAGUGAAAGACACCAGCAGGAAGCAGCAGGAAUAUCAGGAGGGGAGGGUUGAAUGGAGAGGAGCGAGGCUGCGACCCUGACAUCCCUGAGUGUGCCUGCUGUCACUUGGCUGCUGGUGGCCCCCGGACACACAGACAAAUGUCGGGCCGCAGGGUUGGCUUCUGGCUCAGCGAUAAGAAGCGCAGGAGGAUGAACCUGGACGCCUUUGCAGACUUCUGUGCGGGCCAUGGAGUGGAAGUGGUGGAGAUCGACCUCACGCAGCCACUGGGGCCCCAGGGACCCUUCGACGUCAUCGUUCACAAGCUGUCUGAUGUCAUUGUGGAGGCUGAGCACGACAGCCAAUCGCAGCAGCUCCUUGCCAACUUCCAGAGCUAUGUGUCGGCUCAUCCCAGUACAGUUCUCCUGGACCCCCUGCCUGCCAUGACUCAACUCUUAGACCGCUUUGCCUCUUAUCGGAUCAUGAGCAAGCUGCACAAUUCACUCCAAGACUGGCGCGUCUGCAGUCCUCCUUACCUCGAGAUCCACAGUGUCAGUGACCUGUCAUCUAUUCAACAGGCUGUGAUGACCCAGGGCCUAAGCUUUCCUCUCAUUUGUAAAACCAGAGUGGCACACGGCUCCCUUUCCCAUGAGAUGUCUUUGAUUUUCAGUGCGGGGUGUCUGGCUGAUAUCCGUCCUCCCUGUGUGCUCCAGAGCUUCGUCAACCACGGGGCUGUUCUGCACAAGAUGUUUGUGGUGGGAGACAGACACUACUGUGUAGAGAGGCCGUCACUCAAGAACUUCCCCUCCGGUCCCUGUGACAGGAAGACCAUUUUCUUCAACAGCCAUCAGGUGUCCAAGCCAGAGUCAAACUCUGAUCUCACAGCACUGGACGAGCAGAUGCCAUGCCUGCCUCCUCCCAGCUCUGAAGCCAUGGCCGCCCUGGUCAGAGAGCUCAGACUUCAGCUUGGCAUGGCCCUGUUCGGCGUGGACGUCAUCGUCAACAUACACACACACACCCUCACCGUCAUCGACAUCAACAUCUUCCCAGGCUAUGAAGGAGUGCCCCAGUUUUUCUCCUCUCUGCUCAGCCACAUUGAGUCAGUGUUGGACAAACAGGCCUCUGCUGGCCCCGAGGCAACCGGCUCUCCCGAGUCAACACAGACUACAGGAGGUCCAUCUGCUGCAACAACUGGCCUUUAAGUCACCUCAGGAGCACAGCGUGGAUUGCACUGUGUUUCAUCAGCUUCCCAGGACAAAUGAAGUCAAUGACACUGGCUUUUUCACUCUUAUGUUGGGACCAAAAGGAAGCCUUAACUUUAAUUGUACAUUAAACUGUACCGUCUGUAAAUCACACUAAUAAUUGUGAGCUAUUUUCUGCUCUUUUUACAAGCAAAAACAGAAGGCACAUGAUGGCUUAAUACACUUUCCGUUUAUUGAUUGACGGGUAGCAUAGAAGAAGAUACAGCAGGCACAAAAUACAGCACUCUGAUUGGCCAGUAAUAUUACAAAUGGUGUUUUUGUUAUCAUAUUUUUCCCUGUUGUUCGAAAUGUCCUCUAUGGCCUCGUGUCACGCCCUCCCCCGCAGACAUUUCCUGCGUCUUUCUUGCUGGUUUGUAAGAUACAUUUUGUGGAAACAUUUUUGCACUAAUAUAGAAAAAGAAAAAAACGACAGUACAUUAAUUUUUUUUCAUUUAUUCUCAAGUGAACAAACACCUCAUCGCUGGAACAGACAAUAAUGAGCUGAUCCUGUGUGUCAUCACUACGUGUUUACACAAGCUGACCCACCGGCUACUCUGCCAGUGUUUUAAUGUAUUGUAAAUCUUGGCUGUGUAGAAAAAGAGAGAUUAUAUAUCUGCUAUAUGAGUACUCUAUGAUGCACUUUGACAACAUAUUAAAAUACAUGAAAUAA